UCUUCACUAGUCCUCAUAUACUUCUCGACUCAUGAACAUUCAUAGCUACAACCUUUGACUUCAGAUUUCACCAUAACUUCUGUGUAAGGUUGACUUUCUUUGUUUUUUCGAUUCUUCGCAUUUUGCAGAAUUGUACGUGCAUUUCUGCAUAAAAAGAUCACCAUGUUACUUAUAAGCUGCAGGCAGGUAACAUUUUGUAACAUUUGCUUUGUCUGUCUCUUCAUUUUCAUCAAUUUUCUGCCAAUUUUCUCUCGUCGAACUAAUUUCAAACCUCCUCUUUCGUUCGUUAUACCUCAAUUCAACUUCAAUACUGAAAACAUACUCUAUGAAGGUGAUGCCACACCUUCAUCAGGAAUGGUAGAACUCAACACAAUCUCUCAAUUGUUCCGCGUAGGGCGGUGUACUUAUUCACAACCUUUGCACUUAUGGGAGUCUGCUAGCGGGUCGGUAGCAGACUUCACUACUCAUUUCACUUUCAUGAUUGACACUCACAACAACAGCAGGUGGAGUGACGGAUUUGCCUUUUUCCUUGCUCCUGUUGGCUUUCAAAUUCCACCUAAUUCUGCUGGUGGCAAUCUAGGAUUGUUCAACAGCAGCACAAAUUUGUUGGCAUCGAAAAACCAAAUUGUAACGGUUGAGUUUGAUUCCUUCCCGAACGAGUGGGAUCCGACCGGGCCUCAUGUCGGGAUCAAUGUGAAUAAGAUCUCCUCAAUUGUGAGUACCAGUUGGGAUUUUAGCAGCAACGGAAGGAAGGUGGCUAAUGCAUGGAUAACUUACAAUGCUACCACAAACAACCUCAGCGUGUUUUGGACAUACAAGGAGAACCCUAAUCCUGCUUUUAUCGACAGUACUUUUUCUCUUUCACACUCUAUUGACUUAAGAGAGGUUCUCCCUGAAUGGGUUACAAUUGGUUUUUCAGCUGCUACAGGACGAGCCCCCGAGCAACAUGUCAUAUGUUCAUGGGAAUUCAAUUCGCAUCUGGAUUCUGAUAAGAUCAGUAAGAAAACCAAGGAUACGAGGAUGAAGAAAUUGUUAAUAGCAGCAACUGCUGGUAUUACUUUGUUAGUUUUGAUGCUUGGUGUGGGUUUGUGUAGGUUGGUUGUAACAAAGCGAAUGCGCAGGAUUGACGGGCUUGAGAGUUGCUCCAAGGAUGUGAUCACCUCCAUAAAUAAGGAUCUCGAGAAACGUGCUUUCCCUAGGCGAUUUGCUUAUAAGGAAUUGGUUGCAGCCACAAAUGGCUUUGCCAGCGAUGGAAGGCUAGGCCAAGGGGGGUCAGGACAUGUUUACAAAGGAAUGUUGCAAGAUCUAGGCUGCGCUAUUGCUGUCAAGAGAAUCUUCGCAAAAUCUGAUUACUAUGAGAAGAUAUUCAUCAACGAAGUCAAGAUUAUAAGCCGGUUAAUACACAGGAACCUGGUGCAGUUCAUUGGAUGGUGUCACGAAGAAGGCGAAUGCUUACUUGUUUAUGCAUACAUGCCUAACGGCAGCCUCGACACGCAUCUGUUUGGAUCUAAAACAACCCUGCAGUGGGAUUCUCGGUAUAAGAUAGCUUUAGGCUUGGCCUCGGCGCUUCAUUAUCUACACGAAGAUGCAGAGCAAUGCGUUCUUCAUAGGGAUAUCAAAUCGGCCAAUGUAUUGUUGAACAAAGACUUCGGAACUAAGCUUGGGGAUUUUGGGAUUGCUAAGCUUGUUGAUCCAUGUUCCCAGACUCAGACAACAGGAGCUGUAGGGACUUUUGGCUACAUUGCCCCGGAAUAUGCAAAUGGAGGGAAGGCCAGUAGGGAAUCUGACAUGUUUAGUUUCGGAGUUGUGGCGUUGGAAAUUGCUUGUGGAAGGAUGACUUACCAGGACGGGGAACUUCACGUGCCACUUGUUAGUUGGGUUUGGCAACUGUACCUUGCAGGAAAUGUUCUCUUUGCAGCCGAUGAGAGAUUGGAUAAAAAAUUUGAUACAAAUGAAAUGGAAUGCUUGUUGGUCAUCGGAUUAUGGUGCACUCAUCCCAACAGCAAGAGUAGGCCAAAAGCCGGACAAGUGAUGAAGGUUCUUCAGCUCGAAGCGCCAUUGCCUGAACUUCCACAUGACAUGCACGAAUAUGAUCAUCAUCUGCCUCAUGAUCAUGUAUGAUUACAGCACGAUUGAAAAUAGUUUUUCUUUUUCUUUUACAUUUUUCAAUGUAUAACCACAAAAUGUUGUAUUUUCAAGCUACUUAGUUCAUGGUUGUAUGAUUUCAAAUCCAAUAAUGUCAGAAUUAUUACCAUCUUCGUUUUCGGAUGCUAGUAUUUUUUGGUAUCCUUUAUGCAUUUGCUCUAACAUUGGAUCCGUGAGAAAGCACGUCAAUACAUCCGCAACCCCGCAGCACAAUGCAGCAGAUCCUUGGUCAUGGUCGGCUUUUGGAUACAUAUCAUUGUUCUU